GGGUCACAAGAAAUGCGCUGGGUUUGAUGAAUGUUAUUCCGACGUUAAGAUGGUUCGCAUGUUCGUAACAUGAAAACAUAGUCAGUUGAUGAUCCGUAAAAUUGUCAAGUUUAGACGUGUUAGUAAAGCAAGAGAAAGGAUAAUGUCUCUUGUUACUGAUUCAGUCACUGUCCAGGCAAUAGUUCUAAAUAAUUUAUCUACGGUUGUUGGAAUAGCCACCGAUGAAGUCCUGAUAAGUCAAGAGUAUCCAGAUUCCGUUGAAAAGGCUUUAUUAUUUUUCUUAAAAUGUUUGUUGAGCAAGCACAAGUUCACUGACUCUUUUAUCCACAAUUUGUAUGCAGAAAGUCCUGAACAUUUGUUUAAGCUGCAGUCAAACGAGUCUAGUAACGGAUUACAACAUUAUCAGGAAUUUCCAAUAUUUUCGGGGAAUUUAUCGCUUUUCCACAUAAUUAAUACAUUUGUGUGUACUUUGUCAUCAGAAGAUAUUCUUGCUUUAGAUAAAGCAUUAAAGUUAGGCCGUGAAGGUUAUUAUUGUCUUGUGAAAAAUCCAUCCAAUUUUCCGAAAUCAGUGAAUUUCAAAAAUGACUCGGUGGAGCUUUCUGAUUGUGUACACAGUUGCGAACAACCUGAGGAAUCAAUGGAGAAAUGCAAUAAAUGCGUCAUUCGUAAUUUUCGUUCUUUAUAUCCAUGUUCGAGGUCGAAACGGACUAAAAACAACUCUCCAUCUAAUAACUGUGUUUCAAAGACCUUAUUUUGUAUUGACCUUUUGCUUGCUGUUUGCAAAGCGUGGAGAUGGAAGGACUUAAGCCCGGGUGAUUACCUCAGACGGAUUGGACCUUGUCAGUUUUCAGAAAAGCAUGCAAACUCACAAAUUUGUUUAAAUCCCUAUCACUGGAGUCGAAUACUUAUUCAAGAUAAAAUUAAUGAAAAAAUUAACUGCUCAAGAUAUUCUUCAGAUCCAGAUAUUGUUUGUCUGGGAUUGAAUACGGAUUCAGAAUAUCCUAACGAUAUGAUGCCAUUAUUACUACCACCGUCUGCAUUAUCUUCAUUGUCAUCAUCUUCCUCAUCGUCAACAGAAUCAACAUCUGCAGAAACACAAAUCUCUUCAAUUCAGAUGGAUCAGUCAUGUGAUUCAGUUAUAUCAUAUGAUCCAAUUAUAAAUAAUUCUUCAUCUCCGUUGCUUGCCAAUUAUAAUACCUAUGCAAAAACAAAACUGACUUACUGUUCACCUCAGUUUCUUCAGAAAAUACAACAAAAAUUGCACAUGAAUUUAAUAAAUUCUGUUUCAUCUUUGACCAAAUGGAAGAGAUUGAAAAACAAUACAAAUUUUACAUUAUCUACUUACUUGGCUCCAUCCAAAGAUUUCAAUCAUACAACACUACCACCACCACUACCAACAACAACAACUACUACUACAUUGACAUCUGUAAGUAGUUCUGAUGAUGAAAUGCAUAGUUGUAAUUUCAUCUUAUCUUCUAACAACCGUAGAAAUGAUAAUCCUUUACAAAAUUCUAAUCUACAUUUUAACCGACUUAUUUCUAUCAGCGAUCAUUCUGUUACAAUAAAUAAUGAAAAAUCUGACCUACAUAGUCGUCUUCCUUCUCCCUCUCCUCUACAUCAUCUUAAACCAUGGGCAAAUAUUUCCUAUUGGGAAUCACAUCAUCAUGUCGGACGUAGAUGGUAUCAAAUUACAAAUCGUAAAUUAAAUAUUGUCUACAAUGAUGUUAAUAUUAAUGAUGAUGAUGAUGAUCAUAAUAAUAGUGAUGUAAAGGACAAACUGUAUUCAUCUCCGAAACAAGCAUAUAUACAUAAGGAAAAUCAUUCAAAUUAUAGUAGUAAAUCUCAAAAUGAUUAUAUAUAUUUAUCUUUACUGACUUUAUAUCAAUCGAAUCAUGUAAAAUAUAAUUGUAAAUCAGAUUGUAAUAGAAGUAGUAGUGAACUUCUCAAGAAUCAUUCUACCACUCCCUCUAUCACUUGUCCUACGAAUAUGAUUAGUGGUAAUAACAGUAGUAUCAUCAGAUCAUCUUCAAAACAAUGCAAAAAGUGUUAUAAUUAUGUGGAUUCAUUCGACAAUACAUCUCUUAUACCAAAUUUAACUAUUCAUUCAUCAAUGUAUAAAUCAUCUUCUGGUUGGAAACAAUGUUGUCGUUUAGGCAGCCAGGGUAUUUCUCUUACACUUACCACUUAUGGUUGUGUAUGGUUAAGUAAUCAAGCGAUGGCUACAAACUUACCUAUAUUUGUAUCAUCACCUUGUUUGCAGUUUCAUAAUGCGAAUUCUUCUUCCUCUUCUUCUUCAUCACUUAAUAGUAGUACUGAAGACUUUCUUGUUGAUAGACCUGUAUAUCGUGUACCAGCAGGUUAUUCUUUAUUAGUUUUCGACCUUUCAUUUUAUGAAAACUGGUUGCAACAACAUUCUUCUUCAUCAUCUUCAGCGUCAUCAUCAUCAUCUUGUCGUCAGUAUUUCAGUAACAACCAUAAUGGCGACAACAGUCAUUUAAGUGAUAAUAAUAAUAAUAAUAAUGUGGAUUUUAACGAGUUGCAUAAAACUCAUUUAUGGGCAAAAAAUAACAAUCUAUGCAAAAAUCCAAUUAUACAUAUAAGUUUAGGUAAAGGUUGGGGACCAUCAUAUCGUCGACCAGAUGUUACACAUUGUCCAGCACGUUUAGAGGUGUGGAUUAAUUUAGAACAUCUGUUUCCUUUAUUUAUUUCAUCAAACAAAUAAGAAAUUGUAAAAACAAAAAAAAAAUAAAAUUUAUUUUUCCAAUAUCAUUUUCAUUAUCUUUUCUCUCUUUUUUCAUUUAUUUUUCUUGGUAUUAUUGUGAUUUAAUAAUAAUAAUAAUCAAAAGAAAAUUAUGUAUAUACAUAACAUGUGUAAAUAAUGAGAAACUGUUAUAUACCAUUGAACUAUUAGCAUUUUAUUCGUUAUCAAUUUUAUAUGCUACUUAUUUGAUUUAUACUAAUUAUUAUGAGUAAAAAGUAGUAUUCAAUAAUUUCUGAAAUUUUUUCACUAUAUCUAUACUAUACUGUGAUGACAUAUGUAUAUGUUUAUUCUCUUCAUUUUAUCGAAUAUAAUAAGAAUGAUUAUAUUCACAUUUGUGAAUAUGUACUUUUUUAUAUGAUGAUCUCAUGUAUAUUCUUUUCAUAUUUAUUAAAUAAUUAGUUUUUAUAAAAUUUCUGACCAGUAAAAGUGUUUUUUUUUUUUAAAAAAAAUUAUUGGGAAGUUUUGGAUGUAUUUGAAGAGUUGUUAUUCACUUGUGAAUCGAAUGCUACUUUUUUGUAUCUGGUCGUCUUACUUACUUACGCCUUGCGAAGGAGCAUAGGCCACUCACCAGCAUUCUCCAUCCAACACUGUCCUGGGCAAUCCUUUCUAGCUCGUUCCAGUUCUUAUUCAUUCCUUUUACAUCCGCUUCUAUUUCCCGAUGUAAUGUGUUCUUUGGCCUUCCUCUUUUCCACUUUCCUUCAUGAUUCCAAGUUAGCGCUGAUUGUUAUUAUUUUGGAAUCG